GCAUGGUUUAUUUACUUAUACGGAAAGAUGGCUGCGGCCAGUUUGACUGGUCUUUGCAGAAAAGUCUCAGGCUUCCUGAAGGCUUCCAGGUCGUUAAUAAGUCCUCAGACCCCUGCUAGCACAGGUUGCAGGUUUUCUCUUAGUCUGUUGCCUAAGAAUACACCAAAUGUCACAUCUUUUCACCAGUGUAGAUUACUUCAUAUCACGUUGUCAAGGAAAGGACUGGAAGAAUUUUUUGAUGACCCAAAGAAUUGGGGGGAAGAAAAAGUAAAAUCUGGAGCUGCAUGGACCUGUCAGCAGUUAAGGAACAAGAGUAAUGAAGAUUUACAUAAACUUUGGUAUGUCCUACUGAAAGAAAGAAACAUGCUUCUAACUCUAGAGCAGGAGGCCAAGCGGCAGCGACUGCCCAUGCCGAGUCCGGAGCGGUUAGAAAAGGUGGUAGAGUCCAUGGAUGCAUUAGAUAAAGUUGUCCAGGAAAGAGAAGAUGCCCUAAGACUUCUUCAGACUGGUCAAGAAAACGCUAGACCUGGUGCUUGGAGAAGAGACAUCUUUGGAAGAAUCAUCUGGCACAAGUUCAAGCAGUGGCCUAUACCUUGGUACCUAAAUAAAAGAUACAAUAGGAAACGAUUCUUUGCAAUGCCCUAUGUGGAACGUUUUACCAGACUGAGACUUGAGAAACAAGCCCGCAUUGAAGCAAGGAAGAAAAGUUUAGAGAAAAAGAAAGAAAAAUUUCUUCAAGAAAAGUUUCCACAUCUUUCUAAAGCCCAGAAGUCAAGUCUUGUCUAAGAUAUCUGAACUCUCACCAUUUUGUUUUUCUUGGAUAAGUCUAUAUACAAAAGUAAAUACAUAUUAAGUGGUUUAUAAAGAAAUUGUGUUUUUAGUCAAAUGAUUAUCAACUGUUUCAAAUGUUAAAUAUGGCAUGCGAAUUCUAGAAGUGCUCAUGCUUCAGCCAGUUUUUUUUAUAAAGUUCAGAUUAAAUUCCCAUUUUAUAAAUUGUGACAUCUAAUUAGACUUUAAUAUUACCUGUGUCUUAGAAUGGGAAAGAGAUGUCAACUGUUGUAGCAAAGACCAUAAGACAGCUUUUGAAAUUCAGGUAACAUUUUGACUACUAUUGUUAAUAGGAUAUCAAGGGGGUUUGGAUACUACUAUUAAUAAACAGUAAGUAUUUUCACUCAAAAUAAUGAUAAAUACAUUUAGUAUUUAAAGUAGCAAGUCACAACACACAACAAUCCAAAGAAGUAUUUUUGGAACGGCUAGUAAUUUUUAUUUAAUUUUGUAAGCCUAAGGUAAAAAGCAUAGGCAAUAAGUUUUACUAGUCAAUAAAAAGCAAUUCUACCAAUCCAUUGGUAAUUAAUAUACUAAAGAGAGUUGGAAAGCAUUUUACUGAAAGCAAAAUAUUUAGAGAAAAUAGACAUUUAUACAAAAUUAUAAAAUGCUUGUAAUAAGUGCAUUUCAAGGAAAGCACAAACUUAUUUUAAUUUAUAGAGCCAGUUAAAGCCUUAAAAAAUUUAAGUGGAAAUUGAAAUAUGCAAAAAUGUAUAAACAUUCUACAAAAGAUGGUCAUUCUUUUCCUGAGUUUACUAAAGCUAUGAAACGUAAGGUGACACAGGAAGGUAGAGGUUUGGGAACUCUUUUCAAGGACAUUUCCUUUCUACACACUGCUUCCCUCCUUCUUCGUAUUCUUGUUUGGAAAUCCACAUCUGUUGAAAGGUGCCC